CCCAUUUACCACUACCCAGAUCGAGCACAUAACCGACUAUCCACUACGUCCUCCUAUAAAUACUGCCCCUCCACCCCCACCCGAAUACACUCUCCAUUGUCGCUGCAUUCUAAGCUCUACAACUUCUCAAAUUUAGGAAUUUGUAGUUGGGUGUCUGUUCAGAAUGUCGGGUCGGGGAAAAGGAGGUAAGGGAUUGGGAAAGGGAGGAGCGAAGCGUCACAGGAAGGUCCUCCGCGAUAACAUCCAGGGUAUUACCAAGCCGGCGAUCCGUAGGCUGGCCCGUAGAGGCGGCGUGAAGCGUAUCAGCGGGCUCAUAUACGAGGAGACUCGCGGCGUUUUGAAGAUCUUUCUGGAGAAUGUGAUUAGGGAUGCCGUUACCUACACUGAGCACGCUCGCCGUAAGACGGUUACUGCCAUGGACGUGGUGUAUGCGCUGAAAAGGCAGGGUAGGACUCUCUAUGGGUUCGGCGGUUGAGCGUUUUGGGCUGAAUCGUUUGUACUGGUCUUUGUUAUGAGUCUUGCUGUCAAGAAAAUUAGAACUGUUAACAAUGGCUGGGCUCUUUUUUUACUUACUUUUUUGUAAAUACUCAUUGUUGGGUAUUGUCUUCUUAGGUAUGUAGUUGAAUGCUUCAUGUUUUGUUAUGGGUAUUUUGUCGUUGAAUUGAUCCUUAGAUGAUCUUUUUUAAUCAAAAUCUUACAUUUUUCAUGUCA